AGCAAUCCAUUUCCAAUUAAACCCGGCUUUUAAUAUUUUUUAUAUUAGUUACUUAUCAAUUUAGCUAGCAAGCACAAUUUCAAAGGACAUUAUUGCCUUUCCUUCUCUACCCCACGCUACCCAAGGUUGCAUUGCCAUUCUGAACCUGCAUUGCCAACUUGCCACCAAUUCCGUUGCGUAUAUAAAGCAGUAGCGCGAUGCAAAAUCUUAACCGUUUCGUCUCGUUUUCUCUCCCCAACACUCGAAUCUUCUCCUUCCCCGCACGGUUACACUCCGCGUCCGCAGGAGCUAAUCAGUGGCUUGCUCGAUUUUCAAUGGAUGGGAUCCAUGCAAUUGGUGCACGCCACCAAAACUCAGUUGAUUUUCCUGACAGUGAUAGUGCCAAACAGCUGCGUAUAUUGUCAUCAUCUCCUGAUUUAGGACCUACAACUGAUAUAGGCAAGCAGAUUUUCUGUAACCGGUCACUGAAUAUGAAAAACAUUGUUGCUGUGGGAUUUGACAUGGAUUAUACUUUGGCACAAUACAUUCCUGAAACUUUUGAAUCUCUUGCUUAUCAACACACAGUUGAAAAGCUGGUUUAUGAUUUGGAUUACCCUAGAGAGUUACUGAGUUGGUCAUUUGACUCGAAUUACAUGGUUAGGGGCUUGGUUCUUGACAAAAAGAGAGGCAACAUCUUGAAGAUGGAUCGCCACAAAUAUGUGAAAGUGGCCUAUCAUGGAUUUAAAGAGUUGUCAAAAGAAGAUAAAGUUGGAACAUAUGAAAAUACUUUAGUACAUGAUUCUUUCGAUGGGCCAGACUAUGCUCUCAUUGAUACACUUUUUUCACUUGCGGAAGCCUACUUAUUUGCUCAGCUUGUUGAUUUUAAGGACGGAAAUCCUGGAAAGAUUCAAGAGCAUGUAGAUUAUGCUUGUCUGUACAAAGAUGUUCGAAAUGCAGUAGAUUUGUGCCACCGAGAUGGAACAUUAAAGCAAAAGGUUGCUAUAGAUCCCAAAAGGUAUAUCAAUGAAGACACCUCCAUAGUUCCCAUGCUUAAAAUGCUUAGAGAUUCUGGACGAGCUACAUUUUUGGUGACAAACAGUUUAUGGGACUAUUCAAAUGUCGUCAUGAAUUUCCUCUGUGGAUCCAGUGAGGCAAAUGAGAGUACCCAGUUUGACUGGCUUAAAUACUUUGAUGUCGUCAUCACUGGCAGUGCAAAGCCAAGCUUUUUUCUCGAGGGAAAUCAUGCCAACCUGUUUGAGGUCGUCCCUGAGAGUGGAAUGCUACUUAAUACAGAUAAUGGCUCUCCAAUGGCUCAGGUGGGUAUUACCUCUGCAAGAGUACUAAAGGAAGAGAAGGGUCAUGCUCGAAAAGUUUUCCAGGGAGGCAGCGUUGGUCACCUACAUAAUCUACUCUCAAUAGAAUCAAGUUCACAGGUUCUAUAUGUUGGGGAUCACAUUUACGGAGAUAUUCUACGCAGCAAAAAGGUUCUUGGUUGGAGAACAAUGUUGGUAAUCCCAGAGCUUGAGAAGGAGGUUAAACUACUUUGGGAAUUGAGAGAUGCUCGUAAGGAACUUCAACAUCUGAGGAGUGAGCGAGACCGCAUUGAGGAUGAAAUGCAUUAUCUGAAUGAGUCUCUCAGAUUAAAGAAUCCAGAUGAGGAUACCAAACAAAAGUUUAACUCGAAACUUGAUAAAUUGAAGCUUGAAAGAGAGAGAGUACGAUUAAGUCAUCAAGAAGCUCAAAGAAAAUUACACCAAAAGUUUCACGAGCCAUGGGGCCAGCUGAUGAAGACUGGUUAUCAGAACUCUCGCUUUGCACAUCAGGUUGAGCGAUUUGCGUGCCUUUAUACUAGCCAAGUAUCUAACUUGGCGUUGUUCUCUUCAGACAAGUACUACAGACCCAGUGAAGAUUUUAUGCAGCAUGAAUUUAGCAUUUUCGAAAGCUGAGCUCUUCUACUUGUGUGUUUUGUUCUGCACCCCUUCUCUUUUUUGGGUGGCAUAUAUGGUGUUGGUGAAUAGUGGUAGUAACAUCUCGAGGUUUUCAACGUCUGUUAAUAAGGGGAAAAAUAGAUGCUUACUGAAUUUUAAUAUUAGUUUUGUUAGGUACUUUAUGGAAUUCAGUGGCCUUACAAAGCAGAAGUUACUUUUACUUGGCUAUAAUUGCAGUUGUUAGCUAAUGUGAGGCAUACUAGUAAGUAUUUUACACGUUUUA